GUCAGGUCAGGAUGACGCUGUUCCCGAGCCCCCAGGCGUUAGGUAGGAAGUGACUGUGCGCCACGCUGAUGCCCUGCUUCCUAAUCCGUUCUUUCCAUUUUCAAUAAAUCUAAGCCAUGGAAAGCCCUCAAGAAGAGGAUCGCCGAGUCUGCAUGUUCAGAGUCUGAUCGAUUUCUACAUCUGGCGCACCACGGUUCUGUAGGUAGGGAAGUAUAAAUGCUUUUCGUUGCCCUAUCAUGAACCUUGACUUCAACCUUUUAGUGACACGCCAAACUGACCCUGCUGAGGGCCAAUGGCAGUCUCUUGAUCGUUUUGGAGAGCCCUUGCAGGCCGACCUAAAUUGGCGUUCUCUUUUGGUCAGGAGGCGUUUUUGGCUUGAGCGUGAGGCCUUAAGCCAGAGGCUGAAGGUCCCACGGAGCCAAUAUGCAUCGAGCAUCGCUCCCACGUGUGUCGACAAUCUCGAGGCCGUGGACGCAAAGUAUAGCCCAUUGUUUCCAGGCCGAGACACGAGCGAAUCUCCUUGGGUAGGAGAGCACAUGAGCAAAAUUCGUCAUCUGCAACUCCUGUGCCACUUGCCCCGUCUGGUCUGUGAUCCCCCAUUGUCCACCGCAUUGCCGACGCCGCAGUCCUGCUUGCACUCAAAAUCCGUGGGGGAGAUGGCCCGAAUACGUCAGCCCGGAAGACGAAGCACACAGUCAGUCAGCCAGCCACUUUUCGUCAGUCUAGGUGAACGUCGGCCAAGUGGUCCGAGGACCGAGCAAAAACGUUUCGAUAGUCUUCCAAUGUUUGGCCCAACAAUGUCUAGACAACUAUUGCGCAAGAAGUCGCAGACCACUCAUCGCGCAAGGAGACCCUAUAUGAUCUCUUCGUUAUCAGCCAGACGACGCGGCCUUGGUGGUGGGAACCAAUCGCAGCUGAUCGACAGCGAGGCUUGAUGCAAGCCGUCGAUCUGUGAAGUCAUCGCUGGCGGCUGAAAUCUGUCAGCGAGGCCCCAUGUCUUUGACUAUAUAGUGUGAUAGAACGUCUCGAAAUCUCCACUGCGCACUGGCUAAUCCACAGCGCUUGUUUCCCGCUAGUGAGUUUUCCUACAAAGCGCGCCUCACGGAUUUUCUCCCUUAUUUCCCUUAUUUCUCUUCUUCAAUCAUUUCGCAACCAGCAAAACGCAUCUCGGGACUCCUGCUCUACCGUGUCCCAUGAUUGCUCACAGCUAGCCUAGUUGCCAGAUCAUAACA